UAAUCUUGUUCAUGUAAUGACUAAUGUAAACUAGUUAAACUAGAGCUCCUGAGAAAUUUUAAUCGUCUUGAACAUUUCACACAUCGAUUUCCGGAAUUCUUGCAAAUAUAAAGAACGCAAAAUCCUUUGAAUAUCACAAUGUAAUAUUAAUGUCGUUUCUUUUAUUUCAUGCACUACAAGUUUGUCUUAUGAAUUGUAAAUGAUUGAUUGGCGUUGCAUGGUCAGUUGGGUGUUUCAUCGAUAGUAGUGUUAAAUAUAGAGAUGAGGAACAGUUACCUAGUUAUAUAAUUUUUUACAGUCUCGUGAUAAUCAUACACUGCCCUCAGCGAUUGUAUUGUACGAAAGAUAGAAGCUUGCCUAAUAUUCAAGAGCUCUCUAUUGUCUAGUCUCCCAAGGAAGGAAGGUCAUUUGGCGCGGGAAGGUAACUUUGGCACAGGAACAAUAUUUUAAUUGUCUUAUAUAAACGUUUAUCUCCUGUAUGAAUUGUAAUAUUAAACCUUUUCAAAACGUUUUGUAAGGUCAGCCUAAUGCUAUUUUGGAUAUCUCCACUGUUGUUAUUUUCCUUGUUAUAUUUUAUUGACACAAGGUAGGGUUUUUCGUGCGUCAUAACUCAUAACGAGAUUGUGAUUUGUUGGUCAUAUUGGUUGAUUUUCAGACAAUAUAAUAUAUGCUAAUUAUGUCGCUUUGAUAAUGCGUUGACAGGCUAGCUUUCAUAUCUCCCUGUGUAUGAUGUAUUGAUGAACAGAAAUAAUACCCUAGCGGGUGUUUAAUAUCAGUCUUUAGGAUUCGGUCUGUGCCACAGUUUACUUUGACGAGACAGCCUGAUCACGUCUCAUAUCAAAUGCUCAACAUAGCAUUCUACUCAACCAGUGCUCUUUUAUUGGAAACAGUGUUUGAUUGCUGACAAUACUCUCUGGAGUUGUGAUUUUAACGGAACAGAAUUGAUAACGCUUUCCCGUGGUCGCGUCUAGUCUUGGCGCAGUGGUUUAUCGUUAUAAUAAUACAAGAGAAUUGUACUAAUAAAAGAAAAUAGUUUUCUCUUCGUACGUUUUAUAUCAUUACUGCGCGUUUUCAUGGCUUGCUAAUCAAGCAGGAUUUUCUUCGAAUUUGAGACAGAAUGUGGGGUAUUUCGUUUGCCUGAUUUCAACUUGCACCUGACAGGCAGCCUAAAGAGAUCAGUCGUAUGGUAUGAAAACAUGGUUGGUAUUAAAAGUAUGUGUCUACAGAAAUGGACUUGUCUGUUAUCUUGGUAAAUCGGUCAACCAUUUAUGGAGCAUUUUGUGAGUUUUAUGUCUCUGUUUAAACCAGCGGGAUCUCGAGGAUUUUCGGAACAGCGCGCACAGGAUUUGUUUUUGUGAUUUCAGUGUUACGUUACGUGGGAAAUGGCAGCCACUUUGAAGUCGCGGUCACGCGUGAUUUCAAUUCGUGACACGUACUCACCACGCGCGAGUCGCAGGAACGGGCUUUCCUCGCAAAGCGCAUGCCCAAGUCAGAAAUUAUACACCCGAGUGACCCGACGGUCGUCGAGUAGCGGCGCUCUCGAGGAAGACAAGAACGAAAUGGCGUUCACUUGUAAAGUACAAUACCUCGAUGAUACGGAUCCGUUUGCUAGUACAAACUUUCCAGAACCAACCAGACCACCUUCCUGUACUUUGUACGUUAAUAUUCCUCUGUGUGAACAAAUUGCAGUCUUACAUAAACUGCUCAAGCCGCCUCACAACUUAGAAGACGUUGCUCUACAGAUCUUACAAAAUGGCACAUAUUUGGACCUGGAAAGCACUCUGGAAGAACAAGCAGACGUUUUGGAUGGAUUUCCAGAUAGUCGAAAAUCCACUAUACUGCUUAGAACGCAGCUUUCAGUGCGGGUUCACAACUGCAUAGCAAAAUUAAUGAGUGCAUCUGGUCGAGAAUUGAGAAGAGCAUUGUUCUCAUUGAAACAAGUCUUUCAAGAUGACAAAGAUUUAGUCCAUGAGUUUGUUAAUUCAGAUGGAUUAAAUGCAUUGAUCACAGUUGGAACUGAUGCAGAUCAAAAUUACCAAAAUUACAUCUUAAGAGCCAUUGGUCAAGUAAUGCUGUAUGUGGAUGGCAUGAAUGGAGUGAUCAAUCACAAUGAAACUGUGCAAUGGCUUUAUUCUCUGACUGCCUCCAAGUAUCGAUUGGUGACAAAAACAGCUUUGAAAUUGUUACUGGUGUUUGUGGAAUAUACCGAGUCUAAUUCUAUUGUCUUGACAAGAGCUGUGAAUGAAUGGGACAACUCACAAAGAUCAAAACCAUGGAGUUGUCUUAUCAAAAUGCUGUCAGACAAGGAUGGUGAUGACGAAGUUACCUGUUAUUGUUUGACUCUUAUAAAUAAAGUCUUAAAUGCUGCGCCAGAUCAGGAUCUAUUCUAUGACAUUUCUGACUCUCUUGAGGAACAAGGAAUACAACAGCUGCUUAAGAAUCUUGUAGUUGCAAAAAGAAACCACAGGGAAAUUCAAGAACAAGUAAAAGUUUAUGAGACUGCACUAAAGAUUGAAGAUGGGGAUGAACAGCUGUCGUCUGUCAAGGAUACAUCCAGCAUAAGGCAUAGAAAGAGACAGCCUGGUUCACAAAGUAAUGGAAAUGGAGACAGGCGCCGAAGUAAACGUCAUAAUUCUCUGGGUUCUGGCUUCAAACUGGAGCGGCCACUUAUUGCGGAAUCAGGAAACAAUUCUGAUUCUGAAGCUCGCACAAGAACGAGGCAGCGUAGAGACUAUAUCGAUCGUGAUCGCAAAAACUAUUUAUCUCCAAAGUCGGCAGAAAGCUCACCUGCAACGCCCGCAACACCGGAGACCCCCGCCACGCCUGACGAGGAUGAUGAAAAACUAAAGGCACGAAUGGCCAGGAGGGAAAGACGAGCGGCUCGCAAGGCAGCAACCACAGCCGAAGUAGAACCAGCACCCAGUCCUGUCAUGUCACCCUCGCCAUCACGUGAUAACACUCCUCCACCAUCACCAAAGAAAGAAGAAGCAAAACCUGAGAAUAAUAAUGUACCUCCCCGGCGGAAAUAUGGUGCACUGGAACCAAAUAGAGGUGUUAAAGAUUUGCAUACGGUUUUCGAGCAUCAGUCACGAGUCGCGAAUGGUGACCUUAAGAACAAAACUCCUGCUGAAGAAACUGAAAAACCUGGUCGGAAUCUCAGGCAAUGGAAAAACUGGCGGCCAAAAGGUGCAACAGACACACCGACUUCGAGUCAAGUGAAAACUGAGCCAAAAUCUCAACAAAAACCCUCAAGUGCAACAUUGUCUUUUCUUAAGAACGAAAAAAAUAAGGAACCUGAUCCUUCAAAGCAAAUUAUCCCGACGAAAGAUUCCGAGGAGAAUACGAAGAAAGACGAACAUGUUCCGGAUAAACCUGCUGAAACAUUAAGUUCUAGGGAUAGAUUUCGUGCGAAUAGGGCAAAUGAAACUCCGAGGAAUACCGAGGUUCAUACGAGCUCUGAAACCACCAGGAAUUCUGAAAUUACAAAGAACUUCGAGACACCAAAAACCUCAGGACAUUCAAACAAACCAAGUGCAUUUAAUAAGUUCAAAAAUUUAGAAAAAGCUUCAAGGGAUGAAAAAGUUACUCAAAAUAGAUAUUUAAAGACUGCAAAUGAAAGAAAUACUUCCGCGAUGACAGAAAAAAGAUCCAGCAAUGAACUCAAAGUACCAGAACUCAAUGAUCUUCGUUCCAGUUCAGUUAGCUCUGUUGAGAGUUUUAAAUCUACGAAAAGUGCUGAUGAUAGCCCCGAUGAAGCGCCGAAAGAGCCACGAAGAAUAACGACUAGAGCGCGACGAACAUCUGAGGAUGAAGAAAAGAGAAAAGGAAAUGUCUUUGAGGACGAGGAUGUUCCGUUUACACGGGGAAAAAAAGAGGUAAUGAAACAAAGUAAAGUGGAAACAUUGGUUGGUGAUGAGGAGGAUGAUGAUGAGGAUGAUGACGAUGAGGUAAAUGACGAAAGAAGAGAGGAUGUGAAACCUUUACUAACACGUACUGAACGAAGUGCUUCUUUAAAACAAGUUAGAGAUGCACGGCUUGAACGUCAAGGCUCGUCAGGACAGAGAGAAACUCCGAAGAGUCCAACUGAAUCUGAACGAAGAUCGAGUAGAUCUAGUGUUGAUAAGAAAUGGUUGUUAUCUAAUCUUUAUCAAGGUAAUAACUCCAGGAGGAGCGUCGAUAAUGAAGAACCAUCGGAGAAAACGGACACCGUGAAUCAGGAGAAGAAUAGAGACACUGUGACUCAAGGCCAGAGUACUGAAUCACAAAGCACUGUGGAGAGAGGGAAGGAAGAUGAUCGGGUGCAGAUGCAGGCUAAAGUUGAUGAUAAAGCACCUUCGAUCAACCCUCCUGCAGCUGCGCCUGUAGCUGAGGUGAAACCCAAGGAGACUGAGGACGAGGCAGCAAAUGAGGAAAGAUUGGAACGAGCUCGGCAAGAAAAUUUGAGAAAACAAGAAGAAAAACGACGACAGGAAGAGGCAAAAUUAGCAGAAGAAAGAAAGAAGAAAGAGGAAGAGAGAUUACGAAGAGAAGAAGAACAAGCUAGAAAAUUACAAGAAAUAGAAUGGGAAAGAUCUGUGACAUCCAAACGAUCAUUAGUUAUAAACGGUUUAGACUUUACUGACCUUGAGGAGGAAGAUGAUAAAGACAUCAUGGAGGUACGUCACCAUGCGACCGAUGGAGCACCACCUCCUCCUCCCCCAGUGGCAGGGGGAGUGCCUCCACCACCACCACCUCCACCAGGUGGAGUACCACCCCCUCCUCCACCUUUCCCAGGAGGGGCACCACCUCCCCCUCCAAUGCCUGGGGCCCCACCACCACCUCCACCAUCAACUCCACAAAUGCCAUCGAAUGCAGACAAGAAGAAAUUAGUUCGUUUGUUUUGGAAAGAGGUGAAAAACUCGCCAUUAAUAAACGGAAUUAAUAAAACAAUCUGGGGCUCUAUUGAUCCUGUUGAUAUUGAUACGAAGAAACUGGAGCAUUUGUUUGAAACGAAACAUGCAAUGAAGACAAAGCAAAAAGUUGAGGAAAAAGAAAGGAAAAAAGAAAUAGUUAUUCUGGAUAUGAAAAGAUCUCAACAAAUUAAUAUUGCUCUGACAAAGUUACCUCCUGUUAACUCAUUGAAACAGGCGAUAUUAUCCAUGGAUAAUUCUGUCUUAGAGAAAGAAUCUCUUGAGAGGAUAUUUCCAUUGCUACCGACUGCAGAUGAGAAAACUCGUAUCGAGGAAGAAAGACUUGCCUACCCAGACAUCCCUCUGGCGUCUGCUGAGCAAUUUCUGUUGACAAUAUCGUCUGUGAAUGAGCUGUAUUCAAGACUCAAAUUAUGGCAAUUUUCACUGGAAUAUGAAACUAUUGAAAAGGACGUUGCUGAACCGUUGAUGGAUCUAAAACAAGCGAUAGAUGAAGUACAGCGCAAUCCGACAUUCAAAUGUAUUCUAGGAACUUUGCUGUCUGUUGGAAACUUUCUUAAUGGGACAAAGAGUAAAGGAUUUCAGUUGGAUUAUCUUGCUAAAGUUCCUGAAGUGAAAGACACAGUUCACAAACAAUCAUUGUUGUAUCAUCUUUGUACGAUUGUGAUGGAUAAGUUCCCGGAGAGCACUGAUCUAUAUAACGAAUUGAGCGCAGUUCAUCGAGCAACUAGGAUUGAUUUUGACUCCCAGAAAGAUAUGUUACGAAAAUUAGAUGAAGAUUGUAAAAAAUCUUGGGACUAUUUAAGAGUUAUUGCAAAACACGAGAGUUCCUCGAAUAUUAAGCCAAGGAUGACUGAAUUCUUAGCUGAUGCAGGAGAGAGGAUCACAAUAUUAAAAGUGGUUUGUCGUCGUGUUAUUAACAGAUUUAGAAAGUUACUGCUGUAUUUGGGUCUGAACACGGCUGCCGCUAAAUCUACUAAGAUCAGUGAAUUUUGUCGUAUAAUUAGCCAGUUUUCCCUCGAAUAUCGAACGUGUAGAGAAAAAUGGCUUUUGCAGAAAAUGAAGAAGAAUAAAAUGAAAGAAAGGAAUAAAACUCGGGGAAAACUCAUUGUUGAUUCGUUGUCUAAAAGUCAGAAGUCAACCAGUGAGGAAGAUAUUUCCAAGAAACCGCAUGAUAUUGAUGCAAAAGAGAAGCUAAAGUGUUCAACAUUGCCCAGUUCUAAGAACCGAGCUCGUAGUAUGGCCGUGGGGAAAUCAGACGUUGAUAUUGACGACACAACAGAUGAGAUGAUGGACAUGUUGGUGAAGACCGUCACUUCGAAACAAAAAUCAAGAGUGCGCCGUCGAGAAAGAUCUUCUAUGGCCAACAGAAAAUCAUUACGUCGUACCCUCCAGCAAGGUUUAACACCAGAGGAGCUAGCUGCCGCUGGUAUAAGACUUCCUAUACACGACAAGAUGUGACCUACCCAGAUAUUGUCCUAAGAAUGUGGUAUAUUCCACUAUAUAAUGAUGCAUGGAAUUUUCUCAUUGACAUUUGUUGUUUUUGGAACACAAAAGACUUUCCAGGGACAUGAUUGAUAUUAGCCAUAAUGGAGGAUAUUGCAGAACAAGAUUUGAUGGAUAUUACUGGAGCUCUGGUAUUUUAAAUGGUUUGUAGGAAAUAUUCAUGCACUUAUUAUAAAUUGUGGAUACAGUGGAACAUGGAGGAUGUAAUUGGUGAAUAUUGAUGGACAAAUAUUGAUAUUGGUGGACAGUGAUAUAGAGUUUUAAAUUGUAAAUUUGGUUGAAGAAUGUGUGCAAUAAACCACUACCCUUUAUAGACAAUCGAACUGUUCAUUUUUAUGAGCAGUUCAGUCUGUGGGUGUUCUUGGAAUUAGAAAUGACCACAGAAAAUUGCUGUGGAAUUGUGUGUUAAAGAAUUUUGCCUGUAAUAUGUUUUUAUCCUGAAGAAUGUAUUGUAGUGGCAACUAAAUAAUUUAGUAGACAUAUUAUGAUAAUAUAUACAAGAAUUUCUCCAGA